AUGCAGUCGGCAAAUUCCAGCAACGCGAAAGUACCAGUAGGUACUUUCGUUGAAUUUCAAGUGAUUGUUUUGACGAAUGAUGAGAACCACUUUGCUAGUGACUUGUGCGAAGGGACUUGCAAGGGGCUCAUCAAGAUAAGUAAUCGCCCCAUGAUCUACUACAUCCUGAGGAACCUAAUUGAACAGAAGUUAAAGUACAUCACCAUCGUUGUGAAUAGCAAGUAUUACGAUGAGAUGGUCAGUUAUGUGAAUGAGACAUUCCCGGAGAACCACAAGGUGGACGACAAGAAGAGCAUGGCCGGCUACUUCAUCGACGUGGAGCCAUACACCUCGAACAAUAACGAAGAGCUAGGGCCCAUCCAGUGCCUGCUGCACAUUCGCCACAGGAUAAAGUCUGACUUUAUCGUCGUUAACUGUGAUAUCGUCGGGUUUGUCGAUUUCCAUUCCUUAGCAAACUUAUUUCGAGGCGAAAACGCCAUCUGCGCGUUGCUCCUACUGGAAGAGAACCAAACAGACAACGAGAACAAGAAGCAGAAAAGGGAGGACGAGUUACUAAACUUAGAAAACAACAUCUGGGUAUGCAUAGACAAAAAUAGUAAAGUCGUUAGUAUAAAGGAUUCCUUAUCUAUGAAGCAGAGUGGGAGACUUAAGAUCAGUAAAAUAAAUUUAACUGCGCAUAGAAAUUUCAUUCUCAAAACGGAUUUGCUGGAUAGUCACGUCUAUAUUUUUAAGAACUAUGUCUUGGACAUUAUGGACCACAAGACCAACUUCACUAGCAUUAAGUAUGAUCUCAUACCCUACCUGAUCAAAAUUCAGAAUACACGUAGAGCAGCGGAGUACUACUCCAAAUCAGAAUUCAAAUUUAACAUGUACAAAACGUUGAUUAAUAAGUACGAAGGAGGAGAGGACAACGAUGUGUCAGAACAGAAGGAGGGAGCCAUCGCUCCACAUGGAACCCUCGACCAGAAGGAAAAUAUAGAAAGUGUCGUCUGUUACGUGCAACCCAAAUCCAAUGGGUUCUGCCAGAGGAUAAACAGUCUACCGAACUUUAUCAAGGCCAACAUGUUGUUCUGCGUCUCCAGGCACGAGCAGUUGAAGAACGUGCUGCCCCCCUACUGCUUCUUCCUAAUGAGUGAUAAGAACCAGUCGUACAAGGACUGCAUAAUAAGUAGCCAAUUUGAGCACGAAGAAAAUGUCAUUCUCAAAAAAUCUGUCUUGGGAAAAAACGUAAGGAUAAAAAAAAACUCCUCCGUUAACAGAAGUAUUUUCAUGGAUAACAUAAUUAUCAGUGAGAAUUGCCACAUACAGAACUCCAUCAUUUGCAAAAACGUUGUUAUCGAAGAUAAUUGUAAGUUGGUUGACUGCAUAGUACGUGAGAACAGUGUCAUCGAAAGGAAUGGCAUCUUCGAGAAGGAAACCCUACCUUUGUUUAUCUCCUAG